GAUCACAUGACGUCCUCACCUGCACUCUGGACCGCAGAUAAAAGCCUGCUCCGCACAAUCUGAAGGUCAGAGCGAACAUGGCGACCCGCUGGGGAAUCUGUGGAGCUGGAAAAAUCAGCCAUGAUUUCUGUGUUGCUCUGAGGACACUUUCUAACGAAGAUCACCAGAUAGUUGCAGUUGCAUCAAGAAGCCUAGAAAGUGCAGAGAAGUUUGCAAAAACCCACAGCAUCCCAAAAGCGUAUGGCAGCUACCAGGAGCUGGCGAAGGACCCCAAUAUUGAUGUGCUGUACAUCGGGGUUGUGCACACACAUCAUCUGCAGGUGGGUCUGCUGUUCCUCAACGCUGGGAAGAAUGUGCUGUGUGAGAAACCCUUCGCCAUGAACCUCCGAGAGGUCAGACAGCUCGUCUCGGCCGCCCGCGAGAACAACGUCUUCCUCAUGGAGGCGGUCUGGUCCAGGUGUUUCCCCUUGUAUGCUGAGGUUGGCAGGCUGCUCUCAGAAAACACCAUCGGGGAGGUGAAGAUGGUGAAGGCGUAUUUCGGUCUUCAUCUGCUGGACCGCGUGCACACCACACAGAAGGAGCAGGGUGGAGGAGCGCUGAUAUACAUCGGCAUCUACUGCCUGCAGUUGGCUCUGAUGGUGUUCAAGGGGGAAAGACCAGAAUCCAUCCACGCCACGGGAGUCCUGCUUCCCUCAGGGGUUGAUGAGUCGAUGGUGGUGGUCCUGAAGUUCUCGGGGAACAGGAUGGCUGUGUGUGUCUGCUCCAUCGCCUGUGAUCUUCCCAACGAUGCCACCAUCUGCGGAAGCAAAGGCAUGAUCCGAGUGGCGCAUCCCAUGCACUGCCCAACCGUUCUGGAGCUGAAUGGUAAAAAGACAGAGUUCCCUCUUCCUGAACCCGGCCUGCCUCUGAACUUCCACAACAGCACAGGACUGAGAUACGAGGCAGAGGAAGUGAGGCGCUGUCUGCUGAAAGGACUGAAGGAGAGCAUCAAGAUGUCACUCACAGACUCAGAGCUGCUCACUGAGAUCAUGGAUGAGGCCCGAAGACAGGUGGGCGUGGUUUAUGAUCAGGACAGCCAAUGACGGGCCUGCAUUCCUUGAUUGACCUGCGCUGGAUGGUGCUACUCAUGAUGCAAAGAAACAAUCAUGCUUGAAUGAAAUGUCUUGGAGACAAAUUGUGUGUAAUAAAAGUGACACAAACACA